AUGUUUAAUAAUAUAUUACCAAAACACAAAUAAAAUAAAGAAUCAGAAUCUAAUAUGGGUUUCUUUGGAUAAGAUUGUAAGAUGUAAUAAACUAAGCAAAUUAAAAAAUUAAAAAUUGAUGUAAAGUGCAUGUUAAAUUAAGAAUAAUUAGUUAUGAAACCUAAUAAACUAGGUAAAUAAUGAAAAAAUUAAUAAUAGACUAAUAAAUACCAGAUGUAAAAGUUGAAUAUUCCUUUUAUGUUGAUUAAAAGUAAAAUAUUCAUAAUAAGAAAGAUAUUUGAAUGAGAUUCAAGUACUAUAAGACAAUUUCAAUACAUAAGAAAAUGUUGUUCAAAUCAUAGCAGUAUGUUCUCUAGGAAUUAAAAUACCAAAUGAUUAAGAUUUUCAUUUCUUUUUUGAAUGCUUUGAUUUACUUAAUCAGAAUUAAACAAAGUUUCGCUAAUUUAUUAAUAAUAAACCACAAAAACAAUUGCAUAGAUUGUUAAUUUGUUCAAUAAUUAUGAAACUAUAAAAAAUGACUGAUAUUAUCAUAGGAUUAUAUGUGGAUUUAAAUCUUUAUGUUCUAAUGUAAUUGACAUUAAUUACAAUCUAAUAUGAAUGUAUGGAAUAUUCAUAAUACUUUUAUUCGUAUUUAUCUAUUUAAUUUCUAGUUUGUUAAUAUAAUAUUUUCAAUUCUAAGCUGGAGUAUAUUAAAAAUAGAUUACUGAUCCUUAUUUAUAGAAAUUAAUUAUGAAUGUUGCUUAAGUGCAAAUUUAGUAAAUUAAAGAAGAUGUUCUAUUAAUUACAUGGGGAUAAAAAUAAUUACAAAUAGGAACAUUAUUCUUUAAAAGUUUGUAUAAGAAGAUUGAGAAUCGUAAGAAACCCUUUUUGCAACCUUUAUAGAAAUAUUAAUUUUAUAAGACUUUUAGAAAAAGAACAACUACAUCUCCAAAUACUGAUUAUCCUCAUUAUUAUUAGUUAUUAGAUGAGGCAUAAGGAAAAUAGUAUUUAGUUGCUUAUUAAGAAUCACCUCAUAGUGAGAUAUUGAUUUUUGAAAAAGAUGUAAAAAUUGUAAUUAUAAUGUUGCAGUAAUUAUAAUAUAUCAAAUAUUCAGAAGAAUAUGUGGGAGUUAUAGAAAGAAAUUUCUGGGGAACUGUGUUUCACAUUUAUGAUUAUGGAUAUCCAAAAGAAGCUGCUGGAAAGAUUCCUAAAUAUUUUGGAUAAGAAAGAAGAGAAUUAGCUGUCAUUUAAUAUUAAACUAAUAUUAUGGCAACAUAACCAAGGUAAUUAUAAGUAUAUUAAUUAGAAAAUUUACUGCAANAAGCAAAUUAAAAAAUUAAAAAUUGAUGUAAAGUGCAUGUUAAAUUAAGAAUAAUUAGUUAUGAAACCUAAUAAACUAGGUAAAUAAUGAAAAAAUUAAUAAUAGACUAAUAAAUACCAGAUGUAAAAGUUGAAUAUUCCUUUUAUGUUGAUUAAAAGUAAAAUAUUCAUAAUAAGAAAGAUAUUUGAAUGAGAUUCAAGUACUAUAAGACAAUUUCAAUACAUAAGAAAAUGUUGUUCAAAUCAUAGCAGUAUGUUCUCUAGGAAUUAAAAUACCAAAUGAUUAAGAUUUUCAUUUCUUUUUUGAAUGCUUUGAUUUACUUAAUCAGAAUUAAACAAAGUUUCGCUAAUUUAUUAAUAAUAAACCACAAAAACAAUUGCAUAGAUUGUUAAUUUGUUCAAUAAUUAUGAAACUAUAAAAAAUGACUGAUAUUAUCAUAGGAUUAUAUGUGGAUUUAAAUCUUUAUGUUCUAAUGUAAUUGACAUUAAUUACAAUCUAAUAUGAAUGUAUGGAAUAUUCAUAAUACUUUUAUUCGUAUUUAUCUAUUUAAUUUCUAGUUUGUUAAUAUAAUAUUUUCAAUUCUAAGCUGGAGUAUAUUAAAAAUAGAUUACUGAUCCUUAUUUAUAGAAAUUAAUUAUGAAUGUUGCUUAAGUGCAAAUUUAGUAAAUUAAAGAAGAUGUUCUAUUAAUUACAUGGGGAUAAAAAUAAUUACAAAUAGGAACAUUAUUCUUUAAAAGUUUGUAUAAGAAGAUUGAGAAUCGUAAGAAACCCUUUUUGCAACCUUUAUAGAAAUAUUAAUUUUAUAAGACUUUUAGAAAAAGAACAACUACAUCUCCAAAUACUGAUUAUCCUCAUUAUUAUUAGUUAUUAGAUGAGGCAUAAGGAAAAUAGUAUUUAGUUGCUUAUUAAGAAUCACCUCAUAGUGAGAUAUUGAUUUUUGAAAAAGAUGUAAAAAUUGUAAUUAUAAUGUUGCAGUAAUUAUAAUAUAUCAAAUAUUCAGAAGAAUAUGUGGGAGUUAUAGAAAGAAAUUUCUGGGGAACUGUGUUUCACAUUUAUGAUUAUGGAUAUCCAAAAGAAGCUGCUGGAAAGAUUCCUAAAUAUUUUGGAUAAGAAAGAAGAGAAUUAGCUGUCAUUUAAUAUUAAACUAAUAUUAUGGCAACAUAACCAAGGUAAUUAUAAGUAUAUUAAUUAGAAAAUUUACUGCAAGUAUGUUAAAUUUAAUUGAUAAUUAAAUUGUACAAUUAGCAUAGAUGGACCCUGUUUAUAAUGAAGAGAAGGAAUGUUAUUAAUUAAAUUUCUUUGGAAGAGCAAAAAGAGCAUCAGCCAGAAAUUUUGAGAUUAUUGAUCCUCAAGAUUAGAAUAUUAUUUAUUUAUUACAUGGGAAGGUAUAAUGUUGAUCAUUAUAAAUAAUAAAGUGGGAGAAGAACCUAUUUAAUGUAGAUUACAGAUUUCCAAUGAGUAUGCUCUAAGCUUUUUGUUUUUCUUUGAGCUCUAUUAGUAAGAAAUUCUUGGUUUAAUGA